GCGGCGGCCGGCGGCGGCGGUCGGAAUCGUUUCCUGGGUAAAGCGCAGCGGGCUGGGAAGCGUUUCCGGAAGGCUGGCCGCAUCCCGCAGCGGGCUACCGGCGCCUCCGGGGCGGGCGGCUGAGCGGUGAGGCGGGCAGCAGGGAUUGCUUUGGCCAGUGAGAAGGAGAAAGCCCACCAGCUUGUUAUCAACACGAGGGGCUGCGCUGUGCUGGAGAAGUGUUCCCUGGUGCUGCGUGGGGGCUCUCUCAGUUGAAAUGAGGAGACUGUCUUGAAAAUCUUUCCCAAUUUCUGCAGUGACCUGAGGGGGUGCUGGUGCUCUGGUACGGACUUGCCACCAACGCGCUGGGGAGAUUAAGCAUUUCGAUCCGUACUUUGAAAGCAGCUGACAGCGUGCGGUAAUGUGCUGACUGGCACUAUGGGCAGGCGGUACCCGGGGGCUCACUAUCGGCCAAGCAGCUCAUUCGAUUCCGGCGUGGACGCAUUGGCAGUGUUUAUGGCAAGCAGCAGCACGACAGAUGUUGUGAACCGCAACAACCCCGCCACCCCACCGAACACCCUUAACCUGCGCUCCUCUCAUAACGAACUUCUGAAUGCGGAAAUUAGGCACACAGAGACCAAGAACAGCACUCCUCCGAAAUGCAGGAAAAAAUACGCGCUGACUAACAUUCAGACAGCCAUGGGUCUUUCCGACCCUGCGGCGCAGCCCCUUCUGGGGAACAGCUCUGCCAAUAUAAAGCUGGUGAAGAAUGGAGAAAACCAGCUCAGGAAAGCCGCCGAACAGGGACAGCAGGAUCCCAACAAAAACCUCAGUACCACUGCGGGCGUAAACGUAACUUCUGAGAAGUUUGAAGGGAAAGAGCCGAUCCCACAGGAUUCCUCUGGCUCUGAAAUACUACCUUCGCAGCCAAGGAGGACCAAGAGCUUCCUGAAUUACUAUGCGGAUCUAGAGACAUCUGCUAGAGAGCUAGAGCAGAGUUUUGUUGCAAUGGAAGAUAAAUCUGCACAAAGCAACAGCCAGGCUUCUACCGUUAUUGUCAAUGGCGAAGUCCUGCCCCGGAAACAAAACAAGAUGUCGAGCCCAGAGGAUGGCCAAGUUGCCACGGUGUCGUCAAGCCCUGAGACUAAGAAAGACCACCCAAAAACUGGGGCCAAAACAGAUUGCGCCCUCCACAGAAUUCAAAACCUGGCCCCAAGCGAUGAGGACUCCAGCUGGACUACGUUGUCCCAGGACAGCGCCUCGCCGAGCUCGCCUGACGAAACAGCAGAUAUAUGGAGUGAUCAUUCAUUUCAGACAGACCCAGACUUACCACCUGGCUGGAAAAAAAUCAAUGACAUUGCUGGGAUCUACUACUGGCACAUACCAACAGGAACAACUCAAUGGCAACGUCCCGAGUCCAUCCCAACAGAUCUCCAGGGUUCACGAAAAGGAUCACUUGGUUCCAUUACUCCAUCUCCUACUCCAGAAACUGAGAAACAGCCAUGGAGUGAUUUUGCUGUACUGAAUGGGGGAAAGAUUAAUAGUGACAUUUGGAAGGAUCUGCAUGCAGCCACUGUGAACCCAGACCCAAGUCUGAAAGAGUUUGAAGGAGCAACGUUACGCUAUGCCUCUUUGAAGCUCAGAAAUGGUCAGCAAUCUGAUGAUGAUGAUUCUUGUAGCAUCAACAGUGAUCCAGAAGCCAAGUGCUUUGCUGUGCGAUCUCUGGGCUGGGUAGAAAUGGCAGAAGAAGAUCUUGCUCCUGGAAAAAGUAGUGUUGCUGUGAACAAUUGCAUCAGACAACUCUCUUACUGUAAAAACGACAUCAGAGAUACUGUCGGCAUUUGGGGAGAGUUGCAGGGCAAAGACAUGUACCUUAUACUGGAAAAUGACAUGCUGAACCUGAUUGACCCCAUGGACCGCACAGUUCUCCAUUCGCAGCCCAUUGUGAGCAUCCGAGUCUGGGGCGUGGGGCGUGACAACGGCCGAGACUUUGCUUAUGUGGCAAGAGACAAAGAUACAAGAAUUCUGAAAUGUCAUGUGUUUCGAUGUGACACACCCGCAAAAGCCAUCGCCACAAGUUUACACGAAAUCUGCUCAAAGAUUAUGGCCGAACGGAAGAAUGCUAAAGCUAUGGCUUGCAGCUCAUUGCAAGACAGGACAAAUGUCACCCUUGAUGUUCCUCUGCAAGUAGAUUUCCCAACACCAAAGACGGAACUGGUGCAGAAGUUCCACGUCCAGUACCUGGGCAUGUUACCUGUAGCUAAACCUGUGGGAAUGGAUACUCUGAAUAGUGCCAUUGAAAGUCUGAUGGCUUCCUCGAGCAAAGAAGACUGGAUGCCAGUUACCAUGAAUGUUGCUGAUGCUACUGUCACAGUCAUCAAUGAACGAAAUGAAGAGGAAAUCAUGGUGGAGUGUCGUGUGCGGUUCCUGUCCUUCAUGGGAGUAGGCAAGGACGUUCACACGUUCGCCUUCAUUAUGGACACAGGAAACCAACAUUUUGAGUGCCACGUUUUCUGGUGCGAACCAAAUGCAGGCAACGUGUCAGAAGCUGUUCAGGCUGCUUGUAUGUUGCGGUAUCAGAAGUGCUUAGUGGCCAGACCUCCUUCCCAGAAAGUCCGACCGCCCCCACCUCCUGCAGACUCGGUGACCAGAAGAGUUACGACCAACGUAAAAAGAGGAGUCUUGUCCCUCAUUGACACUUUGAAACAGAAACGCCCGGUCACCGAGAUGCCAUAGCUGCGUAAGAGGGAAGAUUCUCCUGACGUUUAACUGAAGAUAACAGUAGCUACACUAAGGAAAAUGAACUGACGAUGUCUGGCCUUCCAUUUCAAAUUGCUGAUGCUUGGUCUUCAGAGAAUUUACCCUUAUCGAAACAAUGUUAGACAAGCAUGUUCUCUCGUUCUUGCCACCAUCGUGUGAUAUGAAAAGAAGCAUGAAUAAUUUUUUUUGCUGUCAGUGAGUUACAUCAUGAGCAAUGGAAGGUCUGUUUGUUUGUAAAUACAUGAACAUUGCCUAAACUCACAAACACACACACACAAAAAAAGAAUAUGGCCACAUCCCUCCCAGUGAACUCGUGCUAAAGUCCUUGGAGUGAAUGAUGCCUGAGUUGAUAGUUUCACCGUCUUGAGCUGGAUUUGUCACAAACCAAUCUUAAAUCCUACAGCACUUGGCUCUGUUUUCAACACUGGAGUGUAGGUACCAAGUAUUAGCUACCAUCGAAUUACUGUAGAUUAAAUACCAAGUUUUAUUUUUUACAGAACUACACCUGUUAGUUUUAAAUUGUUCGUCAGCAUUGGUCUAGCAACCACUUUGACGUCUCCCUGACAUGCUUUUGAAUCACGGUGUCAUCAUUUCGUCUCCUGGUUAUACAUUAUGGUCUUAGAGAAGAAUCGUGUUUAAUAUGAAACCAACGCUGAAAAAUCUCAGAGGUGUUUUCAGCGAUUGAGUUGCAGGGUGAGCCACUGAAGCUUUUCAGCUUUACGUCUACAAGCGCACCUGUUGGCUGUUAAAUUUAUUCUCCUAAAUCUGUCAUUAGUUCAUCAAAAAUACCAUUUGUUUCACGCAGGGCUCAUACCAAUCAGGAGCAAGAAGGAACUAGUCAGUAAUUUUACUAUCUUAAAACUUUUACUGAGACUAAACUGUUCCAUACCCGAUCCAUACGAGUGUUUGAUGAAAUGUUCGAUUUAGCGUCUGCUUGCACCGUUCCCCCUUCCCCUCAGAGUUUGUUGCUGAAUACUUAACAUGCCACAGAAAGAACUAUCAUGUUCCUCGUUAUUUACAAAAUUCCCUGAAAUUUCAUUACUUUUAAUGCUCUUGUGACAAAAUAAGAGGGCUGUUUUCUCCCGGGAUAGUGCUUCAGGUGGUACAACCCAGUUUUAGUGCUUUUGCUCCAAAGGCGUCAUCCAAUUGCUCUGAUCCCCACGCCGCUUCCCGCAGCCCCUGACAAAGCCAGCCCGGUGCUGCCCCUUAAAAUUGUGCCUCAGGCUCACGUUCAAACGCAGUUACCCGUCUGCAGUCUCUCCCUCUGCCGUCUUCUGUCUAGACCUGCAGAUUGGUACGCAUCUUGGAAAUGGAACGGUAAAGAUAUUUUUAACUAGUGUUAAAAAUGUUUUGCCUCCGUUUAUAGAUGUGUUCCAAAUUCUGAACUGUCUCCCAAGACUGCAGAUCUGGUCAUAACUGUAAUUUUAAAAGAACAUCGUCAAGGUUGUUAUUACAAGAACUCUUUUAUUUUACUGUGUGAGAGACUGUUACAAACAAACUAUUAUCUUUUUAUUUCCUUGUUUAAAGGAAUUAACAGCAGCACCUGGGCAAAGCAAGUUAGGAACACAAGGGGAAAAGAAUGAGGAUUCCAGAAAUUUCUGCAUUGAAAAAUGCAGAGAAAUCAUUACGCUAAAGUCGGCCUGCUGUAUGAGCAGGUGUCAGCCGAGUGCUAGCUAUGCAACUGUUGUCAUUAAAUUUAGCUCUGUAGAAUACCCUCUGAAGAGUGGAUCCUCCACCGAUCUCGCGUCUCUCUCUGACCGUGAUUCUGCACCGAAGCAAUGGUUUCCCCUCCCAAGGCUCACCACCUACUCAUCUGCUGUGCACCACCUCCUUUGGCCAGCUGGAGGAGAAGCUGCUCACGGCAGGUAGGCAGGAGAGCGGGCAGGCGUGGGGAUGCCAACAAACCCGCUCCUUCUGGCACUACCAAUGGUUUGAGCCGCCCACGGGGCCAGAUCUCGGGGCGUGGAGAGGGCAGCGUGCGUAGGUGCUUGGUUAGUUCAGCAUUGAUCCCUGCGACCUCUGCUGGGAGCAGCAGGAAAACUCACUUCCUGCCAUGGCUGCUGUCAAAAUGGGUGGCUUUUGGUAGAAUCGUGAGGUUGAGAGAGAAAAGCUUCCUUAUCCAUCAUCAUGCUAGCGAGUCAAACUUUAUUUUGUUUUAAAUUACAGAAAAUACUUUUGACAGAGUCAUUUUAAAAGUUCCAGCUGGAAGCGCCAGGAUUUGGGCUUUGCAGCUGUUCAACGACAGUGAAUUCUAAACAGUAGAAUUAAAUUUUGUAGCUGCAUCUGCGCGGUGCUCAUUCUCCCCAGGAGAGAGCCGCAGCCUUUAAAACUAAGGCAGCGCUUGGCAAGCAGCAACGUGCAGGUUCUCCUACAUGGGUGGUGUCAAGGCUGUGAACAUCUAGUGACCUUUCACUAGCAAAGGGCGUGCAAUUGCAGGACGGGCUGAGGAGAAGACAGAAAGGUGUUUGCAAAGCCGUAGGUCGCUUCCCAAGAUAUGUUUUUAGAGUUUGGUGUCUGUUAACAAAAAUGCUGUUGACUUUUGCAAAUAUUGAAGUGGUGCGCUUAAUGGUCUUGGCUAUAUGUGGCCUUUUUGCUUCAGUAGAGCUCCUUCUUCUCCAAAAGAUUAAAAAUACACCCAGGUGUUUGCGGAAUCAGAGCCUAAUAUUGCAAAGCCAGUUAUCUUUUGUUAAACAAUAUAUUAAGACACUUUUUUUCCCCAUGGCCAAAAAAGUAUGUAUGGGGUACGUGUGUGUGUUGGAGCAACUGCCGCUGUUUUAGUUGAUGUUAUCGCGACCCUUCAGUUAUCUAUGCAUUUUUUUAUAAUACCUAGUGAUUCUGUAGGCAGGCAGCCAUGUUCACUAUGCCUUGUAUGUCUGAUGCCAUAUUUUAAAUUAACCUGUUAAAUACAGCUUAAAAUAUUUUUAUUUUAUUUAUUCUAUUUUUACUGAAAUAUCCUGCAUUAUUAUGUUGAUGUAUUGUCUUUACUGGACGUGCUCUUGUAACAUUCUCCACUCUGUACACUAUAGGUUGCCUCAAAAAAGGCGGGCUUUGUAAUUAUUUGUAGUCACAUUUUUAUUGACGUCUGUAGAAAAACCAUGUAAAGCAAAGCUAAUUUCUUAAUUUUUUUUUCAAUGUGAGUAGUAAGUUAGAGGUAAGUAUCACAAUGUCAGUCAUGUCAUUAGUACGCUCCCUUGCGGAAGCAAGGAGACUUAUAUUCACGGUCAGCAACUAACAGAUAAAAAAAAAGCCUUUCUUUCGCAAUCUGCAGUGCUGGCUGUAGGUUUUAUUUAAGCUGUUCCAGCUGGAGGGGAGCAGCGGGGUGGGGGAGACACAAGGCUGGCGGGGCCACCUGCAGGGCGCUUAAACAGGAGUCACAAAAGCUGCGUGGAAGGGCAGGGAAUCCAUUCACAGCAAAAGGAGCUCGUAGUCACCUCUGCCUGCUGCCGUCACCUGCCCUUUCCCGACAGAGGAAGAAAAGCUGCGGAGCAUCUCAUGGCUUACCCCACUUCUGGGUCAUCAAGAGUUCUACAUCCCUUUUCUUUUAAUUUUAGCAAACUUUCAUAGAUCAUUUAACUGGGGAUCUGAAAUUGUUAGUAAAUCACCCAUGGAAAAGAGAACUUUCUUAUUUCAACAGCUAAUAUGGGCUCAGCCUUUACAGCAUUACCAUUAACCCCAUUACUCCUUUCUCGGGCAGGUUAAUUAAUACAUUGCUAAAACUUGGGCUGUGCAGUCAGCAAAAGCAGGUUUGAUUUAAGAGCAGGAAGAAGGAAACACCCACCGGUUAUUAGCAGAGCUCGGUCUCACGGCAAGCACCUGACUGACCCCGAAAAGGACAGCCUUUCCCUGCUGUUGACCACUUCUCCACAUUUAAAUGUAAUCUGUUCUGAGAAUAAAUUUAGCUGCAUAAAAUGACUGUCUCAACUGUUACUGGUCCAUGAAGUCCAUGAAAGUGGGAGAUUAUUUCUUUUGUUCCGAAUUGUGGUGGAGGGGAGGGAAAAACAGACGGGUUGUUGAGAGGCAACAGCAGUACAAUGGACUCUUCUUAUCUGUAAAGCUGCAUCAGCGGGUUUGAGUUGAAAAUUACAAGUACCUCGCUGGAGUACAGCAAAUUACUUACAUAAGAUACAGGUUUACUGUAAAAAGUCAUUGAGCUGACUCAGCCAUUGAACCGAGCGCACAGGCUUCUACCUACAAACCGCCUGCAGUCAGCCCCCGGCGUUGCCACCAGGUGUUGUUCUGCUGACCUGCACAGCCAACUUCUUCACAACCAGCUCGUCGCUGUUCUUGGCAAGACAGGGAGAUUUGGACUGGUGUAGCCUCUGUACGACUCCUGAAAGCAAGACCAGGCCAACUG